AUGGCCGGGUUUCGCCCCGGCCCGAGAGACACCUUGCUGAGCCUUCUGCUGUUCUUACUGAAGGCUCCCGUUCCUGCUCCGGCUGCAUCCAAGGCCAUCGUCUGCCAGGAGAUCACCGUGCCCAUGUGCAAGGGCAUCGGCUACAACCUGACCUACAUGCCGAACCAGUUCAACCACGAUACCCAAGAUGAAGCUGGCCUAGAAGUACACCAGUUCUGGCCCCUGGUGGAGAUUCAGUGCUCUCUGGACCUGAAAUUUUUCCUGUGCAGCAUGUACACUCCCAUCUGCCUGCUGGACUACGCCAAGCCUCUGCCCCCCUGCCGGUCAGUCUGUGAGAGGGCCAAAGCUGGGUGCUCUCCUUUGAUGAGGCAGUACGGCUUUGCCUGGCCAGAAAGGAUGAACUGUGAUAAGCUGCCUGUUCCAGGAGACACAGAGAUGCUGUGCAUGGAUCACAACCAGACGGAGGCCACAACCUUGCCCCCAUUGUUUACCAAACCCACCCGCUCUUCCAAAGGAAUCCACAAAAACCUCACCCCCCUAGCCAGUGGUGACUGCAAGAGAGUGUGCGCCUGCAAAGAGCCGCUAGUCUUCAUCUCCCAAGAAACUCACCCGCUCUACAACAAGAUCGAGACUGGCCAUGUGCGCAAUUGUGCCAUUCCUUGCUUCCAGCCCUAUUUUACCCAAGAUGAAAAAACUUUUGCCACCUUCUGGAUUGGCUUGUGGUCCGUCCUUUGUUUCAUUUCCACUUUUACCACCGUGGCCACCUUUCUGAUCGACAUGGAAAGGUUCAGGUAUCCUGAGCGCCCCAUCAUCUUUUUAUCAGCCUGCUAUCUCUUUGUAUCCAUUGGCUACAUCAUCCGGCUGAUUGUGGGCCAUGCUAAUGUGGCCUGCAACAAAGAUUACAACCACAUACACUAUGAAACCACAGGGCCUGCCCUCUGCACUGUGGUCUUCCUCCUGAUCUAUUUCUUUGGCAUGGCAAGCUCCAUCUGGUGGGUCAUCUUGUCCCUGACCUGGUUUCUGGCAGCUGGGAUGAAGUGGGGGAAUGAAGCCAUUGCUAGCUACUCCCAGUAUUUUCACAUGGCAGCCUGGCUUCUUCCAAGCGUAAAGUCCAUUACUGUUUUGGCCCUGAGCUCAGUCGAUGGGGACCCAGUAGCUGGGAUCUGCUAUGUGGGCAAUCAGAAUGUGGACAAGCUGCGGGGUUUUGUCCUCGCUCCGCUGGUGGUAUACCUUUUCACCGGGACCAUGUUUCUGCUGGCUGGUUUUGUAUCCCUCUUCCGAAUUCGGAAUGUGAUUAAACAAGGGGGCACAAAGACGGACAAGCUGGAGAAGCUGAUGAUUCGUAUCGGGAUCUUCACCGUUCUUUACACUGUCCCAGCUACCAUUGUGGUGGCUUGCUACAUCUACGAGCAGCACUACAGGGAGAAAUGGGAGAUGGCUCAGAAUUGCUCCUGCCCUGGGGACAAGUCCAGACUGAAGCCUGACUAUGCUGUUUUUAUGCUCAAGUACUUCAUGUGCCUGGUGGUGGGCAUCACCUCUGGGGUCUGGAUUUGGUCCGGCAAGACGCUGGAGUCUUGGAAGCAGUUCACAGGUCGAUGCUGCAGGGGAGGGAAGCCCGUGAGCGCCACCAUGUACAGUGAAGCCAACAUAGCGCUGACAGGCCGGACUGGGCUUCCCACUUCUGCUUCCUACCACAAACAGGUUCCCCUGUCCCAUGUGUGA